AAGGGAUAAUGACUUGAGAGGGUAACAUACUUUUGAUUUUGAUCAAAUUUGGUCACUGAACUUUUUUUCGUGCUCUAUUAACCCUUUAACUUGUUGAUUUGUGCAAAUUUUCCCCUUCCGACCGGGUUUAGCCGGUUUCAAUGAAUUUAUUGAUCCUACGUGUCAGUUUUGAUCCUACGUGGCAUCUAGGGUUCUUGUUAUUAAAGGAGGGGCGUUUGUUGUUCAUUUAUUGUGCUCUAAUACCCCGUUGCCCUAAUACCCGAUGGCUUCCUCCUACAGCAUCUCAUCCUCCCUCAAUCGAUCAAGCAAGAAAUCCACAGUGAAUGAUCCAAAAACUUGUGAUUGUGGGUUCCCUGCACGUAUUCUAACAUCAACAACACCAAAGAAUCCAGGGAGGCAUUUCAUGGUGUGCAAUGAGGGUAAAUGCAAAUAUUGGAAAUGGUUGGAUGUAGAACUUGUACAGAUGCCUCUGAUGGAAGUGGUGGAGGGAAUGAAAGCUGAAUUAGUAGCAUUGAAGACCGAAGUAGAGAAGGUGAAGGAAGACAUGGAACAGAUGAAGAAGGAAAAGUACUCUGAUGCCAUUGCAAUGAAGGAGAAACUAUAUAAAUUUACCAUUGGAUUUCUUUUUCUGAUCAUCGUGUAUAUGAUGAAAUGAAGUCACAUGAUGUAUUGAAAGAUGUUGUUUGAAUAGAAUAGAGUUGUUAUCUUAACUUCUUGUUGGAAUGGAAUGAAGUAACAUUGAUUGUAAUGGAAAAUUUAAUUAUAAAGAAGCAUACAUAUUAACUG